GUGACCUAAUUUCUAAAAUAGGCGUGGUUCUUUUUUGUAAAGAGGAAAGGGUUCUUUCGUUGGGUUUUUAAACCUAGUUUUAAGGGAAAAUGAUUCGUUUUAUACUGAUACAGAACAGAGCAGGCAAGACACGUCUGGCUAAAUGGUACAUGCACUUUGAUGAUGAUGAAAAGCAGAAACUGAUUGAGGAGGUUCAUGCCAUUGUCACUGUACGAGACGCCAAACACACAAACUUUGUUGCCUUUCGUAACUUCAAGAUAGUAUACCGUCGCUAUGCCGGACUUUAUUUCUGUAUUUGCGUCGAUCUUGACGAUAAUAAUCUUGCCUAUCUUGAAGCCAUUCAUAAUUUUGUAGAGGUUCUUAAUGAGUUCUUCCACAACGUCUGUGAACUAGACUUAGUUUUCAACUUUUAUAAGGUUUAUGCCGUCGUUGAUGAAAUGUUUUUAGCCGGUGAGAUAAGAGAGACGAGUCAGUCGAGGGUCCUACAGCAGCUGCAAUAUCUCAACCAACUCGACUGACCGCCUCUGACCUUUGACCUCUGCAAGCACCUAUUACAUUUACAUGUAGAUAAUUUUUUAAAAACAAAAUAUAGUCAUAUGAAAUGUGUUUCAUUAUAUUGAUAAGCUCAACCACUAAGAA